AUGGAGUUCACAAAGAAUCAAACCUCCUGUUACCAGUCUGUUCUUCGCUGGAACCUAGUCUCUUUAACGAGUACAGCUUUUUAUUGUUUGGUCAAGAUGGGUGUUGAAAAGUUGAGAACUUUCAUCUUGGUUUCAACGAUUUCGUGCUUGAUUUGCAUCUGCCAUGGAUUCACACCUCAGGAUAAUUACUUAAUCAACUGUGGCUCACCGACCAAUUCGUCCUUAAACGGUCGAGUCUUCAUGUCCGAUAAGCUCGCCUCGAAGUUACUCACAUCUCCCAAAGAAGAGAUCCUCGCGAGUCAAAGCGGCUCCGACAUUUACCAGACGGCGAGAGUCUUCACCGGAGUCUCUUCCUACAAAUUCUCCGUCGCUCGUGGCCGUCAUUGGGUUCGUCUCCAUUUCAACCCAUUCAAUUACCAAAACUUCCAAAUGGGCUCAGCCAAAUUCGCGGUUUCCUCUCAGACCCAUGUGCUCUUGAGCGAUUUCACAGUGAAAAGCUCGAGACUUGUCAAAGAGUACUCUCUGAAUGUCACCACCGAUGAUCUCGUCCUCACGUUUACUCCUUCGGGUAGUUCGUUUGCGUUUGUGAACGCCAUCGAGGUUAUCUCCGUUCCCGACACAUUGAUCACUGCUUUACCACCUCCAAGGCUCAUAGGAGGCGGCUCAGGGGCGAUUCAGCAGAGCUUGUCAUCGCAAGCUCUCGAAACAGUUCACAGAGUGAACAUGGGAGGUCCUCUCGUCGCGGCUAACCAAGAUAAUCUAACGAGAACUUGGCAGCCUGACUCAAGUUUCCUCCUUGAGAAGAAUUUAGCUAGGUCUGUGUCUAAGAUUGCAACUGUUAACUUCGUCCCAGGCUAUGCAACAGAAGAAACCGCACCAAGAAUCGUUUACGGUACAUGCACUGAGAUGAACUCCGGGAGUGACCCGACGAGCAUCUUCAAUGUAACGUGGGAGUUCGAGGUCGACCCGGGCUUUCAGUACUUCUUCCGGUUUCAUUUCUGCGAUAUCGUGAGCUUAUCUCUCAACCAGCUGUAUUUCAAUCUCUAUAUAGACUCAAUGCUCGCUGUGAUGGAUGUUGAUCUCAGCACUUAUGUGGAUAACACUCUUGCUGGUGCGUACAACAUGGACUUCGUUACGCAGUCACCAAAGGGAAGUAACAAGAUCCGUGUUAGCAUCGGUCCAUCGACUGUUCACACCGAUUAUCCGAACGCUAUUGUGAACGGUUUGGAGAUCAUGAAGAUGAACAACUCUCAGGGUCAGCUAAGCGCCGGGACGUUCGUUCCCGGUGGUGGCUCGACCGCUAAGCAGAAGAACGUCGGGUUGAUCGUAGGCGCGACUAUUGGUCCGUUGCUCGCGUUAGUACUCUUGGGAAGUUGCUUUGUCUUGUGUAGGAAGCGGAAACUUGGCGAAGACGGUCAUUCGAAGACUUGGAUGCCGUUUUCGAUAAACGGAACUUCGGUUGGAAGCAAAGGCUCUAAUGGAACAACGCUCACGAGUAUAACCACCAAUGCUAAUUACCGUAUUCCUUUUGCUGCGGUUAAAGACGCUACUAACAACUUCGACGAGAGCCACCCGACGCUUCCGAGAGAGAUGGUGAAUCUUGCGGAAUGGGCGAUGAAAUGGCAGAAGAAAGGGCAGUUAGAUCAGAUCAUUGAUCAGUCGCUUCGAGGAAACAUCAGACCCGAUUCGCUGAGGAAGUUUGCGGAGACAGGGGAGAAAUGUUUGGCUGACUAUGGAGUUGAUAGGCCGUCUAUGGGAGAUGUGUUGUGGAAUCUUGAAUACGCUCUGCAGCUUCAAGAAGCUGUGGUCGAUGGCGAACCGGAAGAUAACAGCACGAAUAUGAUUGGAGAAUUGCCUCCACAGAUCAACAAUUUUAGCCGAGGAGACACGAGUGUUAACGUUCCGGGAACGGCGGGGCAGUUCGAGGAGUCGAGCAUUGAUGAUCUCUCUGGUGUUUCCAUGAGUAAAGUGUUUUCGCAGCUGUAUUGGUCCGGUUCCAGUGGUCCAGUUAGAUUAGAGAAAUUAACGCAACAGGAAAUCUCUCUAAUGGUAACUUUGCUUCACGGAUUAAUAUUAUCAACCUUAGUAGAAGGAGCACAGAACAAACAUACGAGCCUCAAAACAAAUGCCCUACAAGACGACGUUUUGCUUUUCCUCGUACCUUUCUUCGCCGCCUUCUUCUUCUUCCCUCCUCUUUUUCGCUGGUCACUACUUCUAAGGUACAUUUGCCUACAAGAUAUGCUGUCAGCCACCGUGGUACGACGCUGGCUACCGCCGUGGCUUAUUGACCGAACAAACUCCGCCUCUGCCAUUGGCCACUUGCGGAGGUUGGCAUUUUUAAUAGAAAACACCAAGUCAGAGAAAAAUGAGAAGCUUUAA